UUUCCUCCUUCAAUACUUGGUCGUUUCACACCUGUUAGGGCCCACUUCGGCUUAAACAUCUUUCAGGAUGGCGACCUCCGAGCUUGCCUGCACCUACGCCGCCCUCAUUCUCCACGACGAUGGUCUGGAGAUCACGGCCGAGAACAUCCUGACCAUUACCAAGGCCGCUGGCGUUGAGGUUGAGGCCUACUGGCCCAGCCUGUUCGCCAAGCUGUUCGCCAAGAAGAGCAUGGACGACCUCAUCACCAACGUCGGCUCUGGCGGUGGCGCCCCCGCUGCCGCGGCCGCCGCCCCGGCUGCCGGCGGUGCUCCGGCUGCUGCCGCUGCUCCCAAGAAGGAGGAGAAGAAGGAGCCUUCGGAGGAGGAGGACAUGGGCUUCUCCCUGUUCGACUAAGCGACAGCGCUAAUGGUCGCCUUGUAAGGUUGAGGGCUCGGAUUUCUUUCUUUCGGACUUUCAUAACACGGAGCACUCUAUACUGUCUUGGAAAGCAGCAG